CAUUCCUGCCUCCUUGGGACCGAGGGCCGGGAAUGGCUAUUUAUUGACCUUUGGACCAACCGAGUUCUUCCCCUCUGGACUGAGCGGCCCUUCGUGGGCACGAGGCCUCUCCCUGCUCUUCGCCUGUUUCCUCUGCUGCCAUGGAUACGGAGUCAACCUACUCUGAACAUUCCCACUGCUCAGGACACUCCAAAAAAUCCCAGAGACAAGGGAGCCGGGACAGGCACAGAUCCCCCCGGAGCAAAGAUGGCAGCCGGUCUGAGAAGUCAGUCACAAUUCAGAUGCCCACUGCACAGCCGCUGUUGGGGAACGAUUCUUCGCAAGUGGAAGAAACUCAGGAUGACAACUGGGGCGAAACGACCACCGCUAUCACGGGCACCUCCGAGCACAGCGUCUCCCUGGAGGACGUUGCCAGAAUUGGCAAGGACCUGGAGGAUGGCGUCGGCGUGGACUGCAAACGCUAUCUUGUUUCCACAGUGGCAGCCAUCUUAGGGUUCCUGGUCUUCCUCACUCCCAUUGCCUUCAUCCUGCUCCCGCAAAUCCUGUGGCGAAAUGAGCUGCAGGCCUGCGGCACGGCCUGCGAGGGACUCUUUAUCUCUGUGGCUUUCAAACUCCUGAUUCUGUUGAUUGGGACUUGGGCGCUCUUUUUCCGUCAGCCCAAGGCCAACCUCCCAAGGCUGUUUGUGUUCCGCGCCCUCGUUUGGGUCCUCAUAUUUCUGCUGGUCGUCUCUUACUGGCUCUUUUACGGCGUCCGCAUUCUGGACUCCAAGGACCUAAAUUAUCAGGGAAUAGUCCAGUUUUCCGUUUCACUGGUGGACGCUCUCCUUUUCGUGCAUUAUCUUGCCAUUGUGAUGCUUGAGCUGAGGCAGCUGCAACCGAUCUUCACAAUCAAGGUGGUUCGGUCGACAGACGGAGAAUCGCGCUAUUAUAGUUUGGGACACUUGAGUAUCCAACGUGCUGCCGUGGUUAUUCUGGAAAAUUACUACCGAGAUUUUGCAGUCUACAACCCAACGUUGAUCUUGGCUUCUAAAGCACGGGCCGCAAAACACAUGGCCGGUCUGAAGGUCUACAGUGUGGAUGGGCCCGAUAACAAUGACGCCAGUCCGUCCCGGGCCAUGAUCGCCGCCGCCGCUCACCGCCGAGAUUCCAGUCACAACGAGCUCUACUACGAAGAAGCCGACCACGAGCGCCGGGUCCGAAAACGCCGAGCGAGGCUGGUGGUUGCAGUUGAAGAAGCAUUCACCCACAUUCAGCGUCUCCAGGCGGAAGAGCAGACGAAAGCUCCGGGAGAGGCGAUGGACUCCCGAGAGGCGGCGCAAGCCAUCUUCCCGUCGAUGGCGAGAGCCCUGCAGAAGUACCUGCGCACGACUCGGCAGCAGCACUACCACACCAUGGAGAGCAUUCUGCAGCACCUGGCCUUCUGCAUCACCAACAACAUGGCCCCAAAGACACUUGUCCGGGGGUCAACACAGCGGCUCGCCCCGGACUCAGCCAGCCGGGGGGCGGGGCCAGUCGCGAGCCGGCAGCUGCACCCAGCGACGGCCCGCCCCGGCUUGGACGCGCUAGCAGGGGGCCGGAACGGCCGGGAGGCGGCGAAGCAGCGGCACAACUGCGGCUCGAGUGACAGCAACACCCCUAAGGAAGGGGCUGAGGAAAGGGAGGGGCUCAGAGCAGGAAGGAACAACCAGGGCUUGCUUACCAUCUCCUCAGUGCUUCUAGGUGUGAAGCAGAGAUGCGCCAUGGUGGCCUUGGGCAAAGCUGUCCGCUUGCUUCGUAGGCAGGCAACGAAACUGUCGGCAGGGAUGGACUUUGUCAUGUCACUGAAUGCUAGCACAGGCUACAGGGAGGACAGUAGAGAGUCAGCAGAGGGCUAG